CGAACGUUGUGUGGGCGGGGCGCGUUCUAGAACACGCCGGGGGCCGCGGGCGCGGAGGAUGGCGGACGAGACCAGCAGGGCGCAGGCGGCGCGUCCCGGCGGCGACCCCAUCUUCGGCAAGAUCAUCCGCAAGGAGAUCCCCGCCAACGUCAUCUUCGAGGACGAGCAGUGCAUUGCAUUUCAUGAUAUUUCACCUCAAGCUCCAGUACACUUCCUAGUAGUUCCUAAGAAGCCAAUUGUCCAGUUAUCUGAAGCACAAGAUUCAGAUGAAUCUACUCGGGCCUUACUAGCGUUUCAGGCUUGGUAUGUCUGCAGAUUCGGUCUAAACCUGCAUCUGUACAAGCUUCUCGGGCAUUUAAUGAUUGUUGGCAAGAAGUGUGCUGCUGAUUUGGGCCUGACCAAGGGAUUCCGAAUGGUUGUGAAUGAAGGGCCAGAGGGUGGGCAGUCUGUCUAUCAUGUUCAUCUCCACGUUCUUGGUGGACGUCAGUUGGGCUGGCCUCCUGGCUAAGAAUUGGAUGGAAAGAAAAUCACCGCUCCAUGUAGACUUGCCACACAACCCAGGAACCCAGCCACUGUUAACAUGUUCUUUUUUUGUGGGUGGCAAUAAAAUCUAUGAACAGUAUUCUCAUAAUAAAGACCUAGCAUCACCCCUGUA